UUUGCUUUUUCCUCGUAAAAAGUGAAAGUUUAACGGAAAAAAUGGAAUCGACGCCUCCGCCAGCUCCUCGCCCAGUUCGUUACAUGCCCAGCUAUCGCAUGUGUUCAAAAAAUCCCUUCAAACGCGAACUUUGCGAAUACGAGAUGAAACGAAUUGUCGACCGGGAGAUGAGAAAUUAUAAAUAUGACAGCGAAACGGCAGAUCAAGUCUGUCAAACGCUGUGUGAUAAGAUCAAAGAAACCGUUAAAAAUCAUAAUUAUGAUCGAUAUCGAACAAUUGUCAUGGUUUCCCUUGGAGAAAAAGCUUUACAAGAUUUCGAUCAAAAUUUGGGAUUUUUAGUAGAUCCUGAAAACGACAAGUACGCCACCUAUGUUUUAGAUCGCCCGGAUCUGUUUGUUAUUGUUGCCGUUUAUGCUGUUUAUAAAGAAUAA